AUGAUGUCACCACGUUGUCAAUUGUGGUUUCCAAAUACAAUUUACGUUGAGAAAUUUUGUUUUCAAUCCUACCACUUGCUAGACAACGCCGUGGGUUUGGAAGUUGGUGAGCGGAACAAUACACAACAGGGACCAGGCGCAGGAAAAGAAAGGGAGUCUCUCAAGCAAUCCGUAAAGGCACCGCCUUUUCCCCUUCAGUUACAAUGGGGCUGUCCAAUUGCGCGCGGUGCAAGCAGUGUGGUGUAUGCCGGCAUGGACGUGGGCACCGGUCGGAGGUUGGCAUUGAAAGUACUUCAAGACGACGGUUUUUCCUCCCCGUCAAGUCCUCGAGCUUCAGUGGUGGAGGGGCCGCCUGGAACCUCAUGGAAGCCGCCACGUCAAAUAUAUUCCUCGAACUCUUAUCAGAAAAAUAAUGAAGCCUUGCAUGGGUUUUCUGCCUUAUCGGAUGAAUAUUUGCGGGAAUUCUACUUUCUUACGUACCUUACCCACCAUCGCAUUGUGCAGUGUCUUGGGGUGAAGAAAGUCCCUCGGGGAAUAUGUAUCGUUUUGGAGUACGUUGCUGGUGGAACUUUGCAAGAUUUGAUUAAAAAUUUUGGGGCCUUUAACGAAAAUGUCAUACGUCUUUAUACGUUACAGGUGUUGCAAGGCAUGGAGUAUCUUCAAUCCCGCGGUGUGGUUCAUGGUGAUCUGAAGACUGCCAAUGUGCUGAUGACGGAGAAGGGCAACCUUAAAAUUAGUGACUUUGGUACAAGCAGGUUUGUUCAAACUAUUUACGUUGCAGAUUCUGAUUCAGAUGUGCUUCCGGGUAGAGGCUCUGGUUGUCCCACGCAGGGUGCUGAGAAGAAGCUUUGUGGGACCCCAAUAUAUAUGAGCCCGGAGCUCAUUUGUACACAGGAGUCCACUUUUGCCUCAGAUGUUUGGGCAUUGGGGUGCAUGGUAUAUGAAAUGGCUAUGGGCGUCCCGCCAUGGGAGGAACUUCAUGACUUGUCGCCACACAUUGUCGUGUGGAGAAUUGGUGGAGCCACGAAAGGACCAAGCCUAGACUGUCUGCGCAAAUGUGGGGCCAGUCCAACGCUGCUUAAUUUUUUGGAGUGCGCCCUUCACCUGGACUGUAAACAGCGUCUCUCAGUGGAGGAACUGUUGAAGCAUCCUUUUAUUUUGGGACAAGCGCCCAUCGUGUGUUCGCAGUCUUUCCCAUUGUUUUCCCCAUCGUCGUUAGAAUGGAGCCCGCGGAUGAACUCUCCGCUGAUGCAGAUGCAGUUGGCAAAUUGCAAUUUGGGUACUGCCGUCACUGGAGAGAAACCACUGCGUGUUUCCGAGGAAGAUGAGUCAAAUCAUGGAAUGGUGUUGGGCGGUGAAUUCGGAGAUAUGCCGCAGCAGGAAUUAUUACAGCCGUUGCUGGAGUUGGGUGGUCCCGCGGUGGCGGCGGAAAUGCGUUCGAGUCAACCCAAUCACUGCACGUCACCUUCGAGUCAGGCCGCCGGGGCCGAGAGUCACCAGGCUAUCACCUGCGAGCCAAAUUGCAGGUGGAAGUUUGAAAAUAAGAGCGUCGUGCAAACAGAAAAAAGAAGCAGCGUGACAAAUAAAGAUGCGUCCUCAGUGUGGAUCCCGCGGCGGCGUCUAGAGGGUGCGGUCUGCUUGCGACAAGGGCGUGGCAGCCACGGCUCCAUGAAUAGCAUGGAUGCUGUCCGUCAGGGCGAUAACAUUCGUGAUGCAGCAGCCGCACUCACAUCCUACGAAAUAACAGCAGAGUUUUCGCGACUGACGGGGUUAUUUGGAGAAUAG